AUGGCUGUAGGACACAAAAAGAAGUCAUUACCGGUAAACUCAAUCCACUCAUUUGACUGGAAAGCUUUUCAUAAAACAAGAAGCAAUUAUUUACCUGAUCAAGAUGACAUGCAGAGUAAUCCCAAUUAUUGGCAUGGUUCAGUGGAUAUUUUAAUGGGUAGAGUAACUGCAAUUACAGUGAAAGGUGAGCACAGCAAUCAGGGUGAUGAUGGAGAUGACUCAGAGGAUUACAAUGAUUCUAUUAUUGAAAUGAACAUUUCAGUCCAAGAGGAAUUUUUAACAAGACCUGAAGAAUUUCAAGUCAUUGCUGAAGCAAUUGUGUUUUCAUUAAUUCAGAAACGACAGAACGAAGGCAGCCGGUACAGCUUUGUGCCUACAGUAGCAAUUAAAAAUGAGAAUGUUUACCUGUACAUGUACGAUGGGAAGUAUGAUAUUCUUCUAAAAACGGCAGCAUACCCAUUGUUCUCUUCUACUGUUCCUCCCCCUAAAUUAGAUACAACAACCAUACUGGCUCUUUGGUUUGCAAUAAAUUACAAACUAUUCUGUACAGGUAUAACAAAAGAGAUAAAACAACAAAACUCUCGUGCAAACUUUCUGUCCUCGUUAAACAAAGAAGCAAGGAAUGUAUAUGAGAAAAGGCUUGAAUUUGGCAGAUGCCACAUUGGACCACCUGUAGAAAGAUUUCAUCCUAGAGAAAAUGACAGUGUUGUAGUUGUGGAGGGUACACCUGAUAUUGAAACCCACUUGUCGGCAGAUAGGUGAUUUGUUUUAAGUAUACAACAAUACUGUUGUUUAUUGUAUAUCUGGACUGGAUACUGGGGGCGUAAGUUGAUUGAUUUACAGGGUGGUGUGUUAUAUAAUUUGUUUCAUCAGUUUGUAGGAACAAAGAUAUAUUUAAGCAGUAUUAUGCUAGUUCAGCUGUAAUGAUUACGCUUACUUGUCACAGUAAACAUCACUCUGAUCUCUCCAAAAAAAGGUUUCCUAUGUACACAAGAACAUAUGCGCACUGCUACGGGAAAACCAAUUUUAGAGCUUAUUUGUUACAGGAUCAACUAAACAUCACUGGUUUCCUAUGUACCCAAGAAGAUAUGGGCGCUGCUACACGAAAACCAAUAUUAGGGCCUUGCAACAAGUAUGGAUCCUAAUAAGCCUGCAGUCUGAUCUGGAUCCAUACUGCUCCCAUAUCACUUGCAUACAAUGCUAAAACUGACAAACAUGAUGGAUGUACGCUGAUCUAGAUCUGCCCUAGAAUUGGGUUUCACACAGCAGUGAUGGUAUGUGGGUUAAUUCUAGGUAAAUUACAAAUGAAGCUAGUACUACAGAUAAUUUUAUGCAACAGAUGUCGACUUAGCUGUACAGAAGGCUUUUGUAGGCUAUUGAGAUCUUGUGUGUUCAGCCAUAUGAUUGACUCUGUGAUCCCAACUUCAAGGUUAAGGUCAUACUUGAAUGUCAUGAUCCUUUCAUUAACCUCUUUUUCAAAUUUAUUCAGAGCUGGUCAAUCUAAAAAUCAUUCAGACAUUCUGAUUUGUUUGCCUAUAAAUAAAGAAGGCUGAAAUUGUAAGGUUGUUAUGCAAUAAAGUCAUUGUUGUUGCAUCACAGUUAUUACGUCAUAGCAUGAAACAUUAAAGCAGCAAGGGGAAAAUGAAUAGGUCAAAAACAGUCACACAUUUGGUGCAUGCCAUCAAGGAUGUAGUAAGCCGUGAUACCCUUUUGGAAUCAAAAUAAUAUAUCACAAAAAGUGAUUUUCUUUUGAUUUCAUUCUAUGACAAAACCACAAAAUCUGCAAGUUUAAAAGGUUAUAAGUGGCAUGUACAACCUUAUUUACUUAAGGUCAUUUUUGUCGAGCCCGCUUGCGGAAGCGAAGACAUAGUUGUCCAAAUGGCUGUUCGGUGUAUGUGCGUGCAUCCGUGCGUGCGUCUGUGCAUCCGUCCGGAUUUGUUUGUCUGGACCAUAACUUUGACAUGCAUGGAGCAAUCUUGUUUAUAUUUGGUAUGAAUGUUAAUCUCAAUGAGAUGGAGUGUCCUGCGCAAACCACAGGUUCCUGUCUCAAAGGUCAAGGUCACACUUAGAGGUCAAAAGUCAGAUACAAGAAUGACUUUGUCUGGAGCAUUUCUUUUUGAUGCAAAGAGGGAUUUUGAUAUAACUUGGCACAGUUGUUCAUCAUCAUGAGACGGAGUGUCAUGCGCAAGAUCCUAGAAUUACUUCCCUUUGUUGUUACUUUAAAUAGCUUUUAUUUGUAACUUUUUUUAUUACUGGUCGUAGGGAAAAAUCAAGACCACUUUUCUGUAGUACAACAUGCAUGUUACAUCCAAUUUUCAGGUGUACUUUGACCUAUCUCUUCUGGUGCGGAUUUUUGU